UUUUUUUCUAAAUUUAAGUAAGAGAAAAAGUAAAAAGAAGCUAAGAAUAGUGAAAGCGAACGUGAUUCUCGCAGUAAAAUGUUUUACAGUUUUGGUAAAUAGCAGUCUCACGACAGAGAAACAACAGUUCGCUGCUGCUACCAACACUGAAUAAAAGCUCUGAAGAAAGAAAAGAACACAGGAAACGCCAGAAAUAAAACCGCUUACUAUUUAUUUUCUAUUCUAGUUAGCAUGUUUUUGCAUAAAAAAUUGAAGAAAUCUCAAAAGGAACGGAAAAUUGGAUUUGAGCUUAGCAUCUUCCGUUAUUUGUUUCUUUUCUGGCUUGUUAAUUUGGGGAUUCUGUGACUAGCAGCGUCAUGACGUCCUCGCUUCAUUAUCAUUCAGAUGGUAGUGAGAAUGAACAGCCAGAGAAGCAAUCAGAGGCUCACAGCGAGUCUUCAUCCCCUGCUAUUGGAAUGUCUGUCCCUGGAACUGUAACACCAAAUAUGCACUAUGUGAUGCCCGCUCAACUUGGCAAUGAAAAUGCUAUGUUGCAGGCUCAAACAGCUUAUCCUUAUCCGGACCCAUACUAUAGGAGCAUCUUUGCACCAUACGAUGCACAGCCUUAUCCUACACAACCUUAUCCAGCACAACCAAUGGUUCACGUUCAGCUUAUGGGAAUUCAACAAGCUGGUGUUCCUUUGCCAUCAGACGCAAUAGACGAACCUGUUUUUGUUAAUGCAAAACAGUAUCAUGGCAUCUUGAGGCGUCGACAAUCUCGCGCGAAAGCUGAGUCAGAAAAGAAACUUCUGAAAGCUAGGAAGCUCAAAGAUGAAUAUCAACUGUGCUGGACCAUCUCUGCCAGACCCAAUAUCAUACAGUUGCCCUACUUGCAUGAGUCACGCCAUUUGCAUGCACUGAAAAGAGCUAGAGGAUGUGGGGGUCGUUUUACAGCGAAGAAAACUGAUAACCAGCCGAAACAGGACGAAUCAGGUGAUAACUCACAGGUCAACAUUAAUCUUGACCCUGGAAAAAACGAGGUUGCUUCUGCAGAGAAUGCCUCUUGAUUUAUGCAGAAAUGCAAUAUCAAGAGUCUUUGUGGACCAUGAAAACAGCAUGCUUUCAUCAAAGUGAAACUGUGGUAGCUGGACAAAAUCAGUGUGAUUAUGGUGUUCUGUAUGUUUAGCUCAGUGUAGAAAGAUCAGAAUAGGCUACUUGUUGAGAGUCACAAAGUGGUCACUGGGCGUAUAUUCUCAAAAUACUAUCUUUCUGAGCUUGUUCGCAGACAUUUUUCUUAUCCUGUUGAUUUGUAAUUACUUCGAGAUUUGUUCAAAGUGUAGCUCUGGUAGCUUUACAAAAUAUCGAGUCAGAAAGUAGAGUUACAACAUUUGACAAUAUGUUCUUUUAGGUUAGGAAGAUAAGCUUUUAGUGCUGCUGGUUGAUGGACUCGCAUUUCGAAGGUCAUGCAUUUUUGUGUCAAUAUCUCGGUAAUAAGGAAAGUUUCCACUGUGAUUACUGGUGCU